AUGUCCUCCCGAAUGCCAGACCGGUCAGGAACAAGGCACGACCGCUCACGCUCCCCAAACUUCAGGCGCAAUCCCCGUGACAGAGAAUGGCGCGACCGCCAGGAUUCCGAUCGGAGUCGCAACGACGAUCGACAGCCAAACCGAAAUAUGCGUGACCAGAUGCGUAUCAACCAGCUACAAGAGGAUGAGCAGGUGCGAGAAUGGGUGGCACAGGAAGACGUCUUCGUGCUGAAACAAGCCAAGAAGAAGGCUGAGAUUCGGGUGAAGGACGGUCGCGCAAAGCCGAUCGACUGGCUGACUGUGACACUUCGUGUGAUCGAUCCUACGCGCGACCCACUGGACGACGAGAUCGCAGACUCGGAGCUAGAUGUGGUGGACCCAGACGGUGUCUUUGAGGGGUUAUCGGAGUCUCAACUGCUGGAGCUAGAACAUGACAUCGAGACGUUUGUGAAAUUGGAGACAAAUGCGCGAAAUCGAGAUUACUGGCAGACCAUGCAAGUCAUCUGUCGAGAUCGUCUGAAAACUAAUGCGUCGGAGGGUCGGGCCUUGAACUCUGUCGCCGCUGACAUCAAUCGACUGCUGAGCCCGAAAACAUACGAACAAUUGCAAAACCUGGAGGUACAAGUGAAGCGAAAGCUGAACUCAAAUGAACCUAUCGACACAGAUUACUGGGAGGAGCUGCUCCGCAGCCUGACGGUCUGGAAGGCACGUGCAAGAUUGAGAAAUGUGUACCAGUCAGUCAUCGAGGAACGUGUUCGUGAGUUACGGAAGCAGCAGAAAGAAGAGGCCGAGUUGAUCCGGGAAAAAUUGGCGCCUCUUGCACCGGUUAUUACUGGGAAUGAAAACCUGGUAGACUCAGCCGAGUACACGGGACUGGAUCCUGACCCGUUACUCCAAGUGCGCGCAGAAGACAAAAGCCUCGAAAUCAUGGAUGAGUCCCUGUUCCUUAGACACGUAGCCCGCGAGCGUCAGAAGAUCAUUCGAAUGGGAUUCGUUCCUCUCCGGCAGCGAUCGGCCGAAAAGCAGAGCACAGCUAUCAUCAACCCCGAGUCAUCUAGCAUGGCUGCCCCUGCCGUGUCCAGCCGCUUCUCGUCCCUCCCCAACGACGAUUUUUCACAAGCGACCAAAGCGCUGUACGAGCGGGAACUGGCCAAGGGAGUGAGUGAGAAUGAAGAGAUCUUCACUGGCGAAGAAGCCGUGAGCACGGCGGCACAACCUCAAUGGGCGAGCAAGUACCGACCUCGCAAGCCUCGGUACUUCAACCGGGUCCAGAUGGGCUAUGAAUGGAAUAAAUACAAUCAAACCCAUUACGACCAUGACAACCCACCACCCAAGGUUGUACAAGGUUACAAAUUCAACAUCUUCUACCCUGACCUCAUCGAUAAGGCCAAAGCGCCGACGUAUCGGAUUGAGCGGGAAAAUGGCCGCAAGCGUGGUCAAUCAUUCGCCGAGGCUGGCGAGGAGGACACCUGUCUGAUUAGAUUCAUGGCAGGUCCCCCUUACGAAGACAUCGCUUUUCGGAUUGUCGACAAGGAAUGGGACUAUAGUGCGAAGCGUGAGCGUGGGUUCAAAAGCACAUUUGACAAGGGUAUUCUGCAACUCCAUUUCCAAUUCAAGAGAAUUUAUUACCGAAAGUAA